AUGCCGGGUGACAAACCAGUAAUCGAGAUCUCAGAUGAUAAGCGGGUGGAGGAACCAGCCAUGGUGAAUGAGAAGGAUGCUAAAGAAGAGGAGGAUAUAGAGGCACUGGCACGGGCACCAGAUUGGCUACCAGAUGGAUGGAUCAUGGAGGUAUACCGUGAAGAAGAUGGCACGAUUCGCCGGUAUUACACUUCCCCUGUGUCGGAUUGUACAUUCACCACAGAGAAAGAGGUUCUAGACUACCUUUUUUCUGAGGAGGAUGAACAUAUACUGGAAUCCAAGGAAGAAGAACCUGCUGCCGCAGACAGCACACUUCAUGAAACACACCAGUGGCUUCCAAAGGGGUGGGUUAUGGAGAUCAGAGCUGGUGGGGAAAAGAUGGACAAGAUGUACAAGUUUUAUGUUCAUUCACAAACUGGAGUGCGACUGGUGUCAAAAGAAGAUGUGCUACUCUAUGUCAAUGAUUCAAGGGUAUCUGCAGAGUGUGAUACAAAAGGCCAAUGCGAUACAAGUUCUGAUGAUAAUAUACUUGCAAAGGUGGAGCUUAAUCCAAAGGAAUUGCCGGAUGGAUGGGUAAAAGAAGAAGUGUUUAGAAAGACAAAGGAAAGAGUCAGGGGAGACCUGAACUACACGGAUCCUACUAGUGGCUACACAUUCCGUUCGCUGAAGCCUGCCUUAAGCUAUCUAAAAACUGGAGAAAUACCUAAUCGUGCCACUAUCCAAAAGACAAGUGUCCAUGACCUUUACUCCUUUGACAAAUCUGCAGAUCUGGACUAUGUCUAG